AUCUUGUCCUGUUGUUCCCAGUGCGAGGGCAGUCUUCUCUGAGCCCAGGACCCCCACCCACAGACCAGACUGAAGGACUUCUGUUUAGCAGAGCUGCUUCUUUUUUUAGAGGUGACCGCUGGACCUCCUGAAAUUGUAAGAUGCCGCUGUCUCGUUCCCUGUCCAUGUCGUCCCUGAGUGGGGUUCUGCCGGUCUGGGAAGAGGAGGAGCUGCCCAAGGAAGACCUGCUGCUCUUUGAGGUGGCCUGGGAGGUCACCAACAAAGUUGGAGGAAUCUACACAGUGAUCCAGACCAAGGCUAAAAUCACGGUGGAUGAAUGGGGGGAGAACUUCUACAUGAUGGGGCCGUACUUCGAACACAACUUUAAGACUCAAGUGGAGGGCUGUGAGCCACCCAACCCUUCCAUCAGGAAGGCCAUGGAUGCACUCAUCCACAACGGCUGCCAGGUUCAUUUUGGCCGUUGGUUGAUCGAGGGCAGCCCCUAUGUGAUCCUGUUUGACAUUGGCUCUGCAGCCUGGAACCUGGACCGCUGGAAGGGGGACCUGUGGCAGACUUGCAACAUCGGCCUGCCUUUCGAUGACCGAGAGGCCAACGACUCACUCAUCCUGGGAUCCCUGAUUGCUUGGUUCUUCAAAGAGUUAACAGACAACCUCGGAGACAAGCCCAAUGUGAUUGCCCAUUUCCACGAGUGGCAGGCGGGCGCUGGGCUUAUUCUCUCUCGGUCCCGCAAGAUUCCCAUAGCAACAGUGUUCACCACACACGCCACCCUGCUGGGAAGGUACCUCUGUGCUGGGAAUGCAGAUUUUUAUAACAACCUGGACAAGUUCAACAUUGACAAAGAGGCUGGUGAGAGGCAAAUCUACCAUCGAUACUGCCUGGAGAGAGCAGCGGUCCAUUGUGCUCACGUUUUCACCACAGUCUCCCAGAUCACUGCUGUGGAGGCCAACCACAUGGUGCACAGGAAGCCAGAUGUCAUUACCCCAAAUGGGUUAAAUGUGAAGAAAUUCUCAGCCAUGCAUGAGUUUCAGAACCUGCACUCCACCAGCAAGGCACGCAUCCAGGAGUUUGUCAGAGGACACUUCUAUGGUCAUCUGGACUUCAAAAUGGAGAAAACCCUCUUCUUCUUCAUCGCUGGACGCUACGAAUUCACCAACAAGGGAGCUGAUAUUUUCCUCGAAUCACUGUCCAGACUCAACUACCUACUGCGGGUGCACAGGAAUGAUGUGACAGUGGUGGUUUUUUUCAUCAUGCCAGCUAAAACCAACAAUUUCAACGUGGAGUCGCUAAAGGGGCAGGCAGUACGCAAACAGCUCUGGGAUACAGCUCACACUGUAAAGGAGAAGUUCGGUAAAAAGCUGUAUGAGGCUUUGUUAAAAGGGCAGAUCCCAGAUAUGAACACCAUUCUGGACCGGGAUGACUUCACUCUUAUGAAGCGAGCCAUCUAUGCCACUCAGAGACACAGCCUCCCUCCAGUGACCACUCAUAACAUGGAGGACGACUCCAAAGAUCCCAUCCUGUCGAACGUCAGACGCAUCGGCCUCUUUAACUCCAGGAAUGACCGCGUCAAGAUUAUCUUCCACCCUGAGUUCCUGUCCUCCACCAGUCCUCUGCUGCCGAUGGACUAUGACGACUUCGUCCGUGGCUGUAACCUUGGAGUGUUCCCUUCCUACUAUGAACCAUGGGGAUACACACCUGGUGAAUGUACUGUGAUGGGCAUUCCCAGCGUGACCACCAAUCUGUCUGGUUUCGGCUGCUUCAUGGAGGAGCACGUCUCAGACCCUGCUGCCUAUGGUAUCUACAUUGUGGACCGGCGCUUCCGUUCCCCCGAGGAGUCCUGCAACCAGCUGACCCAGUUCAUGUUCAGUUUCUGCCAGCAGUCUCGACGUCAGCGCAUCAUCCAGCGGAACCGGACCGAGAGGCUGUCUGACCUGCUGGACUGGAGAUACCUUGGACGGUUCUACAUACAUGCCCGGCAUAUGGCCCUUAGCAGAGCUUUCCCAGACAAGUUCAAGAUGGACCCUAUGGCGCCUCUGAAGACAGAGGGCUUCCAGUACCCUCGGCCCUAUUCGGUGCCUCCCUCCCCAUCUGCGUCCCUCCACUCCACCCCCCACCACAGCGAUGCGGAGGAUGACGAUGACGAACCAUACGACGAGGACGAAGAGGCCGAGAGGGACCGGCUAAACAUCAAAUCUCCUUUUGCACUAGGAGGCGUGCCAAAGGGCAAGAAGAAACAACGGGGAGAGUCAGGAAACUGAAAUGUUCCAGCUUUGAUUCUGUGACAGACGCCAUCAUCUCCACCUUGAAAGGGCCUUGAUAUCCUAUAUACAGUUCCUCAUAAAGGAAAACAAGGUUUUAAUGAAUGUCUGAAAAACUGUUUCAAAAAGACCUCCCACGCGUUGAAAACACUAACAUUAAUCAGUCACUGUAAAUCAUUUCAAACUGCUUCAACAUAAGCUCCUCUGCUGCCUUAAGAAAUGGGAGAUAACUGAAUGUUUUUGGAAGUGUUCAGGCAGCUGAACAUGAGAAAAUGACUGAAAUAAACUUCAAGUAGAGCCAA